UUUAGCUACCCACUAUCCCAUUCGGAUAGGUGCCAUGAGCGAUCCGAAGCAGUACUUUAGAGGCAGAGUUACUUGUCUGCAAAUUUAUGGAAUUGCUCUGACUGCCAACCAGAUACAGGCUAUAAAGACCAAAUGUACUGCCGGGGAACAGAAAGAUCCCUGCCUUGCCAGUCCUUGCAAAAAUGGAGGGAGCUGCAUUGUGGACACUAAAGAUAAAACAGGCUAUCGAUGUCGCUGUAAACCAGGGUACCGUGGGCAUCGAUGUGAUGAAAAACCAACCCGACCAACUGGAAAGCCAACAACAAGACCGACUGGAAGGCCAACAACACCAGUAAAAGGAUCACCGGGCCGAAAAGUCCCCACUCCACGACAGACCACUAAGCCUGCCAGCACUGGAAGAGUAACCACCCCUGGAGCUAUCACAAACAUAGAUGGUUUCCGCAUAGAGGUGGUGGAGUUCAUUAAUCGAUUGAGACGCCUGCAUGGUGCAGGUCCUCUUAUUAUUUCCACUCGUAUAUCCACGGCAGCCCAAAACUGGGCGCAAUUCUUGGUCUCCAAAGGAACAGCCUCCAUAGAUCCAAACACGAGUUAGGGCUCGAACGUCUU